AUGAAUUUGAGAAAACCAUUCAAAUUAGUUAGUACUACUUGGGAAGAGGAAUUUAACACCAAUCAGACUUAUUACAAGAUGAGUGUGAAAAUUAGUGGAAUUGAUUCACCAUUGAUUGUGAGAUGGAGUACGAUUAGCAGUAAUUUUGGACUUUUUGAAUAUAACUAUUCCAAGCUGUUUUAUUAUUAUUUUGCAAUGGAGAAGGAUGACUUGUUGAAUGAAAAUGAGUUUUUUGUGAAGGAAAUGAAUAGUGCAGAUUUUGAAAAUUUGGGAAAGAGUAAUAGAGCUUUCCUUUUCAAAUUUAAUGGAAAGGCUAAUCCAGGAAGCGUCUAUGGAAAGGAAUAUUUGGUAAGGGAGAUUCUUGAUUAUUUGGUUCCAACUGUGAAUUCAUACCAAAUGUCACCAAUGAACUUCAUUCCAUAUUGGUGUUUCUUAUUCGAUUUGAUUAUGUAUUCUAAUGAUUAUCAUAAGGAACUUUACAAACACUAUCCUGCCAUGAUUUCCCAUCCAUCCGUAUACAAAUUCUUCUACCUGAAAUACCAACCAAGAGUUGUAACAAUUACAAAAUCUGCUCUGAAUCAAUUUUCCACCUAUAAACCAGGCAAUGAAACUGAAACGAAGCUCUUCAAAUCCAUCACAGAAAACCAUGUUGAAUCCAUUAAUUUCGAAUCAGAAAAUAGAGAGCAACUCAUGACAGGCAUUCAAGGUUUGUACAAAAUAAUUGUUUCACGUCCCUCAAAGUUUUUCCCUCCCUUACCACUCGCAAAAACAAUUCAAUAUGAUGAGAAGGAGGAAUUUGAAAUUAAGGCAAGCUAUUUGGCAAGUGUUUACAAAAUGUGUAAAUAUAUGGAUGAACAUAUGGAUUGGUAUUUGGGAAGUAAACUUAGAAAAUCAUAUCAAAUUGAUCUGUCUAAUAAAUAA